AUGUCUGAUGGAAACUUUAGUAUCAGUUGUACCUUCUUCACUACAAGUAACAAUCAACGUAGUAGCUGUGAUGAUUCUUUUCAAAAAUCUAUUACUAUUGACGGUUUUACCUAUAUACCAUUUAUAGCAAGUGACCCAAUUAGCCAAAUUAAUAUUAAUAACUCAAUAGGAUUUCUUAUAACUUCUAAGUCUGCCAAUAAUUCAAAACCAAAUGUCUCUAGUAUUCGCCCAACUAUGUUCCUAUUUGAUCCAGGUUAUAAUCCCCUUAGUAGUAAAUAUCCGAAUGAAUUUCCCUAUAAUGAACCAUUUGUUCAAUCAAUUUCAAAUAUGAAUGAUUAUUACAUAACACCAAAUAAUAAGAUAAGGAAUAUGCAAAACUUAAAUGGCUUCAAUCAAUAUAUUGGUCUUAGAUCAACUUACAACCAGAUACCUUAUAUUGAAGGAUUUAUGGAUUCUUUUACCAAUAAUUCGGCAAACUAUUAUGCAACAAUAUUGAUUUCUCCACAAACCACCAUUGUAGAAGAAGAAACAGAGCAAAGUUGGUGUUGUUGCUUUGGGCUACGUGAAAAAACCGAAGAAAAUCUAGCUCAAUUUAUAGAGAAUCCUUUAUCUUAUACAGAACUUAAUGAGGGAUCAAUUCAAGAAAGGCUCAGGAAUCUAGAGAAACUUUCUCUUGAACAAAGAAUUAAGCUUCUAGAAACUAAUAGCUUAUUAUUUAAAGAUAAUAUUGUUAACACUAAACUUUUAGACUCUAUUAAACAGAAGUCAGAUAAUAGUUAUUAUGAAUAUUAUAAUAGAGAAUUACCUAAGCUACCUGUGUCAACUCAAAUUAUAUGA